AUGUGCUUCCAAGAGUUUAUCGGCUACGCCUGCGGCCACUGCUCCAUGGCCGUGCUCCGGCCCUGCCCGCUGACGACCUCGGAGCACAAGAACCCGGUCUGUGACCUCCAGCCCAACAGGCCCUUCCUCGUGGACGCCAUGUGCCCCGUCUGCUCGCGCCUGAUGCACUCCCGGGCCGUCCUGAUCCAGGAGUGGGAGCACCACUUCCUCCACGAGCGUGGCGCCUGCGGCUGCGAAGUCAUCUUCCCGGACCUGGUCCGCCCACGCGUCAUCGGCGGCGCCUCUGUCUUCCAGAACAUGGCCCAGGGUGCUGGUGGCGGCGGCAAUGGAGCCCACCAAAAGCAGCAGCCGGCCACCGCCGCCGCAUCUGCCGAGAGCAAGAAGGCCCCGCCCAUGUUCGAGCGUGUCGUCGGCCCCAACGGCCAAGAGGCCUACUCCGUCCGCCUCUCCAGCCUCUUCGCUGCCGAGUGGGUCGACGACCACGCCGAGCUGCACCGCAAGGGUGAGUGCAACUGCAACGCCGACUUCAACCGCUACAAGCCCGAGUGGGUGCAGGGCGCCUCGGUGCCUCAGCAUCACUGCCUCGAGUGGCAGCAUGCCCACCGGAUCGCUUGCCAGCCCAGCGGCUAUGUCAACACCGGCGGCGCCCCUCAGAUGUUACUGACCCAGCAGACAGAUGUCCAGCAACAAGAUGUCCAGCAGCAAGAUGUCCAGGCCCAUGCGCAGCCCCAGGUUGAUGACCACAGCGAGCAGGAGGAUGAGGAGCAAGUCCAGGUCGAGCAAGAGGUUCAAGAGGUCCAAGAAGUCCAAGAGGUUGAGGACGAGGAGAGUGAUGAGGAGCAGCCGCGCAUCCACUAUGCCACGCCCGUGUGCCCCAGCCGCCGCCCCAACCGCCGCUCGCUCUCUGCCGACAUCACGCGCUCCAUCACGGCGACCUGCCUCGACGAGGACUAUGAGGAGCUCAACUCGUCCAGCCCCGCCGGCGGCUCCUCGGCCUCGGAGGCGGGCGAGCCGCACCUCUACCAUGUACGCCGCCGCCAGCGCCGCGCCUCGAGCAUCGACAUGCCUCUGAACUCGUCCUCCUCCUCGGAGCACUCCCACGGCGGCAGCCCCAGGGACGGUGAUGCCGCCGGCAACAAGAAGAACACUGACGUCGGCACCCACAACGCUGUCAAGCACGACAAGGCCGGCAAGACGGCCGCCGCCGCCGCCGCCGCCACCACCGGCGCUGCUGCUGCUCCCGCUGUCAGCCCUCGCCGCCGUGUCACCUUCAGCGACACAGUCCAGUGCGUCGCCGCCGUUGAUGCAGCCACCUCGGUCCAGGACGACAUGCCCGAGCUCCCCGCCCCGCCCACCACGCUGCCCGGCCCGGACUCCAACCACCAGUACCUGCCCGGCCCCAAGGGCGACACGUGCUGGGGCCCGUCCAUCUUCCCGAGCUCGCGGGACGACGUCUUCCGCGCCAGCGCCGCCGCCGCCGCCGCCGUCGCGGACCCCCAGCAGAACCAGCUGCAGCCGCAGGCCUCGUGCUCGCGUGGCCUCCAGGUCUACAACGUCAACGCGCUCACGACGCUCCCGCCGCUGCACUACGCCAGGGGCGCCGUCGCCAUCGGCGCCGACGGCGCGCCCGCCAUCCAGACGGGCAAGCUGGGCAGCAGGCCCAGGUGCAAGCCCAUCGCGGGGCUGCCCAUCGGCGCCGGCCCCGAGGGCACCCACCGCCACAUGCCCGCCUUCUCCGAGUGCGCGCUCAAGAAGAGCACCCCGCCCGGCGCCCGCACCCGGCUCUAUGACUAAGGGGAAGCCUCCCGACAAAACGAACAAGGUGGCUGCUAACAGCAGACUGCAAGUGAGGUUGCGGCAUUCACAGUAGCAGCGACAAACCAGUCGUCUCUAAUCAGUGCCUAGUUCCGGGGAAGACGGACGGCACGGCUUCGCCAACAUGCUUUUCUCAUCAUCUCCACCCUCGAGCCGAGGGACUCAUAUCCAC